CCUUUCUCAUCUGUUUCUGAGUUUGAGCAUAUUCUAGAAAGUGCUAAUACAGGAAAAGGAAAUUCUGGAGGGCAGCAAAAUUUUGUUGGGAUUAUGGUACUGUUGUUAAUAUUGCUGUCUGAACUGGAGUAUAACUGCUUUUUCUAAUGGACACUUUCCUUUUCACCUCCGAGUCUGUAAAUGAGGGACACCCAGAUAAACUCUGUGAUCAGAUCUCUGAUGCAGUUCUUGACGCUUGCCUUGAGCUAGAUCCUGAGAGCAAGGUUGCCUGUGAGACUUGCACCAAGACCAACUUGGUCAUGGUAUUUGGUGAGAUCACAACCAAGGCCAAUGUAGACUAUGAGAAGAUUGUGCGCGAGACAUGUCGUAAAAUUGGGUUUGUCUCUGAAGAUGUGGGACUUGAUGCUGACAACUGCAAGGUCCUUGUCUACAUUGAGCAGCAAGAUCCUGAUAUUGCUCGAGCUGUCCAUGGCCAUCUAACCAAACGUCCGGAGGAGAUUGGUGCUGGUGAUCAGGGGCACAUGUUUGGCUAUGCCACUGACGAGACCCCUGAAUUUAUGCCUCUCAGCCACGUCCUUGCAACUAAACUUGGUGCCCGCCUCACUGAAGUCCGCAAGAAUGGUACUUGCCCAUGGUUAAGGCCUGAUGGCAAGACCCAAGUUACUGUCGAGUACUACAAUGAGUUUGGUGCAAUGGUUCCAAUCAGGGUCCACACUGUUCUCAUUUCAACUCAACAUGAUGAGACUGUUACAAAUGAUGAGAUUGCACAAGAUAUUAAGGAGCAUGUCAUCAAGCCAGUCGUUCCUGAGAAGUACCUUGAUGAGAAGACAAUAUUCCACAUUAACCCAUCUGGCCGAUUUGUGAUUGGUGGACCCCAUGGUGAUGCUGGUCUUACUGGUCGUAAAAUCAUCAUCGACACCUAUGGUGGUUGGGGUGCCCAUGGUGGUGGUUCCUUCUCGGGAAAGGACCCAACCAAGGUUGAUAGGAGUGGCGCGUAUGUUGUCAGGCAGGCUGCAAAGAGUGUUGUAGCUAAUGGGCUAGCUCGCAGAUGCAUUGUGCAAGUUUCUUAUGCCAUUAGUAUGCCUGAGCCAUUGUCUGUAUUUGUUGACACCUAUGGCACCGGCAAGAUCUCUGACAAGGAAAUAAUGAAGAUCAUUAAGGAGAACUUCGACUUCAGGCCUGGAAUGGUUGCCAUUAACUUAGAUCUGAAGAGAGGUGGCAAUGACAGAUACUUGAAAACCGCUGCAUAUGGUCACUUUGGACGCGAUGACCCCGACUUCACAUGGGAAUUUGUCAAGCCCCUCAAAUGGGAAAAGCACCAAGAUUAAGAGUCUGCAGGGCAGUGCAUUAGCUUGUUCGAUAAUAUAUAUAUGUUAUUGAUGCUUGACAAAAAGCUCUGGCAUCUGCUUCCUUGUGACGAAAAAGUAACGAAUGGCAUAACCUUCAAACUGUCAUGAUUAUGGCAGUGACUUGUGACUUGUAACACUUACAUCCGCGUCAUUUCUUGAUGCGGUUCCUGGCUUGUUUGUGAUUUCUCAUUGAACGGAAAAGUCAUAUUUCGGUCUUGAA